AUGAGCGCGGAGACAAAGCCGGACACCGAGCGGGAGGUGAUGAAGGAGGAGCAGCCAGCCCGCGGCCGGUGCCCGGAGCCCGCCGCAGCCCGGAGCCCGCCGGGACCCCGAACCCCGCCGUCCGUCGCCCGGGCUCCGGCUCCGGAGGCCCGCCGCGGAGGCAUGGGCUGCGCGCCCAGCAUCCACGUCUCUCAGAGCGGGGUGAUCUACUGCCGCGACUCGGACGAGUCCAACUCGCCGCACCAGACCGCCACCACCAUCUCGCAGGGCACCGCGGCCACGCUGCACGGGCUCUUCAUCAAGACCGACGCGGCCGAGAGCCUGCCCUCCGUCAUCGCCUACCAGAGCCACCGCCACUCGCGCAACAACUCGUGCCGCGAGCGCAGGGAGAACAGCGGGGGCCACGUCCGCAUCGAGGCCGAGACGCAGACCAGCCACACCAGCGUCAAGGUACGACCUGAGGUGGCCUUCAGGUCUGGCCAAAUCCCGUCCCUCUUUGUGGAGGUCUGGCUGCAGCCAGCCCCGUGUCCUAACCAUGAUCCUGUAGCGGACUGCCUGCGCUCUACAGGCAGCUUCCCUGUCCACUGUGGCGGAGAGGUCAUCACAAAAGCUGCCGUCGGGAUCGUGGGGAGGUCCAGAUAUUCGUUUUUGUGGAGGAAUAUUUCUGUGCUGCUGAUAUUAAGAGGAGGUGUUUCGUUUUGUGGAUUUAAAAUUGUGCCCGAGUGCAACUGUAAACGGGGAGGUUGUGAAAAGGAAAAGCAAUAUGCCAGUAUGCUUCUGGACGGCAAUGGUAAAAUGGUUUCCUCUACAGAAGAAUGUGUCGGACCAAUGAGACUGACACAGGAACCUAUUCAGGUGCUGCUGGUCUUUGCUAAGGAGGACAGCCAGAGCGAUGCCUUCUGGUGGGCCUGCGACCGCGCCGGCUUCAGAUGCAACAUCGCAGCCACGCCCGAGUCCGCCGCCGAGUGUUUCCUGGACAAACACCACGAGAUCGUCGUCAUCGACGGCCGUCACUCGCGCUACUUUGACCCCGAGGCCGUCUGCCGAAUGAUCCGGGCCACAAAGCCCUCUGAAAACACAGUCGUUUUAGCUGUCGUGCCACAAAAACUGCCUGACCAGGAGGAGCCAUCUGUUCUUCCUCUCCUCUGUGCUGGAUUUAGCAGAAGGUUUGUGGAGAACAGCAGCGUGUCAGCGUGCUACAAUGAGCUCGUACAGAUUGAACACGGAGAGGUGCGCUGCCAGUUCAAACUCAGGGCUUGCAACUCUGUUUUCACUGCUUUGGAGCACUGUCAGGAGGCGGUUGAGAUCACCAGCGAGGACCACAUAAUACAGUACGUGAACCCGGCGUUUGAGCGGAUGUUGGGCUACCACCGGGGGGAGUUGAUGGGGAAGGAGCUGACCGAACUCCCCAAGAGUGACAAGAACAGAGCCGACCUGCUGGACACAAUCAACACCUGCAUCAAGAAAGGAAAGGAGUGGCAGGGUAUCUACUACGCCAGGAAGAAGUCGGGGGACAGCAUACAGCAACAUGUGAAGAUCCUGCCCGUCAUUGGCCAAGGAGGGAAAAUAAGGCAUUUUGUAGCCAUCAAGAGACCUCACUUUGACAACAAUAAUCAGGUCCACAAGUUGAACAAAGAUGAGAGGUACUGUGGAGACCAUCCUCAGUCAGAGUGCCACUCGUUGCGUCACAGAGACAGGAGGAAAGACUCGAUCGACGGCAGAUCGAUCAGUUCCCGUGGCAGCGACGCUCCAAGUUUACAGAACCGAAGAUAUUCCUCCGUGGCCAGGAUUCAUUCAAUGACCAUUGAGGCGCCCAUCACAAAGGUAAUAAACAUCAUCAACGCCGCCCAGGAAAGCAGUCCGGUCACUGUGGCCGAGGCUCUGGACCGUGUGUUGGAGAUCCUCAGGACCACUGAGCUCUACUCCCCUCAGCUGGCCUCAAAGGAGGACGAUCCCCACACCAAUGACCUAGUCGGGGGGCUAAUGAGUGAUGGACUGCGGAGGCUCUCUGGAAAUGAGUAUGUUUUCUGCAAAAAUAUGAGCCAGAGCCAGCUGGCCAUCCCUGUUACUUUGAACGAUGUUCCUCCAUCCAUCGCGGAGAUGCUGAAUGACGAGGAGUGCUGGGAGUUCAACAUUCUGGAGCUGGAGACGGCCACACAUAAAAGGCCGCUGACGUACCUGGGGCUGAAGAUCUUCACCAGCUUCGGCGUGUGCGACUUCCUGAGCUGCUCGGAGGCCACGCUGCGCUCCUGGCUGCAGCUCAUGGAGGCCAGCUACCACUCCUCCAACUCCUACCACAACUCCACCCACGCCGCCGACGUGCUGCACGCCACCGCCUACUUCCUGCGCAAGGAGAGAGUCAAGAGCAGUCUGGACCAGCUGGAUGAGGUGGCGGCCCUGAUCGCGGCCACCGUCCACGACGUGGACCACCCGGGCCGGACCAACUCCUUCCUGUGCAACGCGGGCAGCGAGCUGGCCAUCCUGUACAACGACACGGCCGUGCUGGAGAGCCACCACGCCGCGCUGGCCUUCCAGCUCACCAUCCGCGACAACAAGAGCAACAUCUUCAAGAACAUCGACCGGAAUCAGUUCCGGACCCUGCGACAGGCCAUCAUCGACAUGGUUCUGGCCACGGAGAUGACCCGACACUUUGAACACGUCAGCAAGUUCGUCAACAGCAUCAACAAGCCAAUGGCUGCCAUAGAGGAGACCAGCACCAGUAGCAUCAACAGUGACUGCGAGGGCCAGGCUAACAUCCGGAACUCUCCGGAGAACCGCCUGCUGAUCAAGAGGAUGCUGAUCAAGUGUGCGGACGUGGCCAACCCCUGCAGGCCGCUGGAGCUCUGCAUCGAGUGGGCCGGCCGGAUCUCCGAGGAGUACUUUGCACAGACGGAUGAGGAGAAGAGACAGGGGCUGCCGGUGGUGAUGCCCGUGUUUGACCGGAACACCUGCAGCGUUCCCAAAUCCCAGAUCUCCUUCAUAGACUACUUCAUCACCGACAUGUUUGACGCCUGGGACGCCUUUGCCAGCCUUCCCGGUCUGAUGGAACACCUGUCGGAGAACUACAAGUACUGGAAGACCCUGGACGAGAUGAAGUGUAAGAGCCUGCGUCCUCCUCCUUCCUCCUGA